AUGGCGGAGCAGAGGAACCGUUGGAGCUGGGACGUCACCGGCUUCGACCAGUGGAAGUCGUCGCCGCCGUCCACGUCUCCGACGCCUUCGGUGGAGCAUGCCGAUCGGAAACCUACUGCGCCGUUGGUGCGGCGCUACUCUAUUUCUUCCACGUCGGUUCUUCCGCAACCCAAGCAGUCCGUGGCCUUCAAGCUUCAACGGUUGAAGGACAAAGUCAAGUGUUCCAGUGGUUUUAGUUUUUGCUUCGUUGUUAGUGCUCGCAAGAGCGACGUUUUAGCUCGUGUUUCUGCUGCUGCGUGCUGCGUUGUGCUUGUAUUGUUUGUAGUACUUGGUGAUUCUGUGAUGACGACGACACAUGGCAUGCUCCUACGGUGUCAAUAUUUUGAAUUCAGGCAUAGGGUGUUUUACGGGAGGCUUUUUAGAAUAAUAAGAUAUGAGCAAGAAGAAUUCGACCAUGCUAGAGAAGACUAUAUGCAAUUAAGACAAGAAGCAAAUGAACUUCAAGAAUAUUCAAAUGCAAAACUUGAUCGAGUUACACGAUAUCUGGGUGUUCUUGCAGAGAAAACCCGCAAGCUAGAUCAAGUUGUCCUUGAAAAUGAAGCAAGAAUAUCGCCUGUGAUCAAUGAGAAAAGAAGAUUAUUCAAUGAAUUAUUAACAUCUAAAGGAAACAUACGAGUAUUCUGCCGGACUAGGCCAUUAUUUGAAGAUGAAGGUCCUUCAGUGGUUGAAUUUCCAGAUGACUAUACCAUUAGUGUAAAUACUGGUGACGAAUCCUUGUCUAAUGCUAAGAAAGACUUUGAAUUCGACCGUGUUUAUGGACCUCAUGUGGGUCAAGCUGAGUUAUUCAGUGAUGUUCAACCACUGGUGCAGUCAGCUUUGGAUGGAUAUAAUGUUUCCAUAUUUGCAUAUGGACAAACCCAGUCUGGAAAGACACACACAAUGGUUGCUCUUUCUUUCUUUCUUUUGCUAUUUGAAGGAUCAAGCUAUGAUCGGGGUUUAUAUGCUCGUUGUUUUGAGGAGUUGUUUGAUUUGUCCAAUUUAGAUUCAACCUCUACUUCUCAAUAUAAAUUCUGUGUUACAGUUUGUGAGCUAUAUAAUGAACAGACAAGGGAUCUAUUUCUGGAGGCAGGGAAAAGCACUCCUAAACUCAGCUUGGGAUCACCAGAAUGUUUUGUUGAACUGGUGCAGGAAAAAGUUGACAACCCUCUUGAGUUUUCUGCAGUUUUAAAAACUGCAUUGCAAACUCGGAAAAAUGAUUUAUCAAAGAAUAAUGUUUCUCAUCUGAUUGUCACAAUACACAUAUUUUAUGACAAUUUGAUCACUGGUGAAAACUCAUAUAGUAAACUCUAUCUAGUGGAUUUAGCUGGAAGUGAAGGUUUAAUAACAGAAGAUGAUAGUGGGGACCGUGUCACAGAUUUGCUGCAUGUUAUGAAGUCUCUUUCAGCGUAUUUCGAAUACAGCAUAUUCACCACCAAGAUUAGGUUGGGAGAUGUUCUGUCUUCUUUAACAUCAAAGAAGGAUGUAAUUCCUUACGAAAAUUCAGUGCUAACAAAACUGCUUGCAGAUUCACUUGUGUUAGAAGUCUGUGGUGGGAGUUCAAAAACUUUGAUGAUUGUGAAUGUGUGUCCAAGUAUUUCAAAUUUAGCUGAGACAUUGUCGUCUCUCAAUUUCUCUGCUAGAGCUCGAAAUUCUAUAUUAAGCCUUGGAAAUCGAGACACAAUUAAAAAGUGGAGAGAUGUUGCAAAUGAUGCACGAAAGGAGCUCUAUGAGAAAGAAAAAGAAAUCAAUGAUCUAAAGCAAGAAAGUUUGGAGCUCAAGCAAGCACGUAAAGAUGUUUCUUCUGCAUUGCAGUCUGAUUUAAAGUCGGAGCAUGUUUUGCUGUCAGAUAAAUACAAGAUAGAGAAAGAACAAAAUACUCAGCUUAGAAAUCAAGUUGCUCAACUUCUACGGUUAGAGCAAGAUCAAAAGUUGCAGAUACAGGAGCGAGAUUCAACUAUCCAAAGUUUGCAGGCUAAAAUUAGGACCCUUGAAACUCAGCUCAAUGAAACUAUUAAAGCUAGCGAAUCUAGAUCAACACCGUCGGAUUCUGCUGAUCUAUCCAAUUCUAGAACUGGGGAUAGUAUAGACUCUUCUGCAGUAACCAAAAAACUUGAAGAGGAACUCAAGAAACGUGAUGCCCUGAUUGAGUCUGGUGAGAGGCUAAAUUUGAUAUUUGAUGGUUUGCAGAGGUUGCAUGAAGAAAAUGAGAAAUUGUUUGAUAGAUUAACUCAGAAAGCAUCUACGGUUGGAUCACCCAAGUUGUCAAGUCCAUUAGCUCGUGGGACAGCUAAUGUUCCGCCUCAGGACAUUGGAAGAAAUGGCACAACCGACAAAACAAGUUCUCGUUCUGUGGAUGUUCUUCCUUCACCCUUGGCCACUGAUAAAAAUGAUGGCACAGUUGCUCUGGUUAAAACUGGCUCUGAAAUAGUUAAGAGUACUCCUGCAGGUGAAUAUCUCACUGCUGCCCUCAAUGAGUUUGAUCCAGACCAAUAUGAAGGCCAUGCUGCCAUUUCUGAUGGUGCAAACAAGCUUUUGAUGCUGGUUUUGGCUGCUGUCAUCAAAGCUGGUGCCUCUAGGGAACAUGAAAUUCUUGCUGAAAUUAGGGAUUCUGUUUUCUCUUUUAUUAGAAAGAUGGAACCUAAACGAGUAAUGGACACCAUGCUUGUUUCCCGUGUUAGAAUUCUGUAUAUAAGAUCUUUGCUUGCGAGAUCCCCAGAGUUGCAAUCAAUUAAGGUGUUGCCAGUUGAGUGCUUUCUUGAGAAGACUAAUACUGUGCGCAGCAGAAGUUCGAGCCGAGGGAGUAGUCCUGGUAGGUCUCCUGUGCUAUAUGUCGACGAACAGAUCCAUGGAUUUAAAGUGAAUCUAAAGCCAGAAAAGAAAUCAAAAUUUUCCUCUGUUGUGUUGAAGAUACGUGGGAUUGAUGAGGACAUCUGGAGACAGCAGGUAACGGGUGGAAAGCUUAGGGAAAUUACUGAGGAGGCCAAAAGUUUUGCAAUGGGGAACAAGGCUCUUGCUGCACUCUUUGUACAUACGCCAGCUGGUGAGUUACAACGCCAAAUUAGAUCCUGGCUUGCAGAGAAUUUUGAGUUUCUAUCUGUAACUGGUGAUGAUGCAUCCGGGGGGUCAACUGGUCAGUUGGAACUUCUUUCAACUGCCAUUAUGGAUGGUUGGAUGGCUGGACUUGGUGCUGCUCUUCUUCCCCAGACUGAUGCCCUUGGCCAGUUACUGUUUGAAUAUUCAAAACGAGUCUAUACUUCUCAACUACAACACUUGAAGGAUAUUGCUGGAACCUUAGCGACAGAGGAGGCUGAAGAUGUAGCACAAGUAGCUAAACUACGUUCAGCUCUAGAAUCGGUUGAGCAUAAAAGAAGAAAGGUAAUUGCAUUGGCUUUGAUUUUGCAGCAAAUGAGAAGUGAUAUAGCUUUAUUAACGUUAGAAAAUGGUGGUUCCCCUGUUCAAAAUCCUUCUACUGCAGCUGAAGAUGCACGAUUAGCAUCUCUUAUUUCGCUUGAUAGCAUACUAAAGCAAAUCAAGGAUAUAACAAGACAUUCUUCCGUGAACAUCUUGAGUAAAAGUAAGAAAAAGAUGAUGCUUGCUUCUCUUGAUAAAUUAACAGAACAGAUGCCUUCUCUUCUCGAAAUUGAUCAUCCAUGUGCUCGUAGGCACAUUGCAGAUGCUCGCAGCAUGGUUGAGUCAAUUCCUGAAGAAGAUGACCCUAUUCCUGAUAUAUCUCAUGGUCGCAAGCCAUCAACAGGUCUGGGCUCUGGAUCUGAAACCGACGUGUCACAAUGGAAUGUACUCCAAUUUAAUACUGGCUCGACACUACCCUUCAUAAUAAAGUGUGGUGCAAACUCUGAUUCGGAACUGGUCAUUAAAGCUGAAGCACGAGUUCAGGAACCUAAAGGUGGUGAAAUUGUGAGGGUUGCUCCUAGACCCUCAGUUUUGGAAAAUAUGAACUUGGAGGAUAUGAAACAAGUAUUUAGUGAACUACCAGAAGCUCUAAGCUUACUUGCUCUAGCAAGGACUGCAGAUGGCACCCGGGCACGUUACAGUAGAUUAUAUAAGACCUUGGCUACAAAGGUUCCAUCGCUUAAGGAUUUGGUCAGCGAGCUCGAAAAAGGGGGUCCACUCAAAGAUUAUACUUCGCCUGCAGUUUUGCUUCGGCUUAUUAGUGCAAUUGCUGGUUCAGUUCAAACUGGUUGCAGCAUCCGAUUCGAUUGA